AUAAAAAUAAAAAAUAAAAAUAAAAACAAUCAUUGUAAAGAUUUCUAUUCUUUUGAGCUUUGUUUUAGAAUAUGGUAAAAGCCCGUUCUAUAAACCUACUCGCAUACCAAACAAAUCCCGAAAUAGAACAAGCCUUCGAGAGGUUGAGAAAUUUAUUUUCGCACACACCCUCGGAGGAAUCUUCAAAAGCUAGCUUAAGCUCUAGCGAAUCCGAAGAGUCAGUCCACAUGACUCUCGAGACAAGAACAUUGAGGGAGCUCGCAGCUCCAAACUUCAACCAACAACCGCUAUGUAUCACCUUCCCUACUCUUGAUGAAGGUGCUACAUUUGAGCUCAAAUCGGGGCUCAUCCAUCUACUUCCUUCAUUCCAUGAUCUACGAGGUGAGGACCCAAACAAACAUCUUUCGGAGUUUCAUAUAGUUUGCACUAGUAUGAAACCGAACAAUGUUACAGAAGAACAAAUCAAGCUACGAGCCUUUACAUUCUCACUUAAGGACACGACUAAGGAUUGGCUAUUCUAUCUCCCUUCAGGGUGUAUAGAUACAUGGGCGGCAAUGAAGAAGUGCUUCCUAGAAAGGUACUACCCCGCUUCCGUCUAUCUUCCAGCUUGAUUUCUUUGGUAAAAGUUUUUCUUUUAAAUCCCAAAAACCAAGAAGUCAAGGUCUGUGACAUUUGUGCAACACAAGGGCAUCCUACCGAUUCAUGCCCUUCAUUUCACGAAGAACAUGUCAACGCCUUGAAUUUCCAAGGCCAUCAACAAAAGAGGUACGGUCCACACUCUAACACUUACAACCCCGGAUGGAGAGAUCAUCCCAAUUUGAGAUAUGGAAAUCCUCAACAACAAUCAUUCCCAAAUCAACAAAGCCAAAGCUCCAACUCUAACAUGUCCACGGAGGACAUGUUUCGAACUCUUGCUACCAGCAACCACCAUGCAACAAAGCGUGGUUCAAUUUCAAGAGACGACAACAAAAUCUAGCAUCCAAAAUUUGGAGAACCAAAUGAGCCAAAUUUCGAGUGUUGUGAGCCGGCUUGAGGCAAAAGAUUCGAGUAGACUCCCAUCUCAUACAGAGCAAAACCCGAGACAACAUGUUAAUGCAAUCAUGUUGAUGAAUGAGGCAACAUUGAAAGAAGUGCAUCGUGACACCCUAAAAAAAUUAAAAAAGUACCAUAAAAAAAUAAAAAAUAAUAAUAAUAAUAAACAAAAUACAGUUAAUCUGAUAAAAAUAUAAAAUAGAUAAUUCGUUGAUCAAAUAAAAUUUUAGAAUCUCACAAAAGUAACAUUUCUCGUGAGCUAAAAUUUUAACGUAAAUAAUCAAAAUAUCAUUUUAACAAAUUCUAAUCUUGCUUAUUAAUGUAUUAUGAUGAUAUACGGAUAUAUAAAUAUGUACUUUAUGAACGUGUAGUAAAAAUGCGAACACAAACUGAAAAUAAAUACGGAAGAACGUUUCCACUAAUUAAUACGGAGUAAUAUUAUUAAUAAUAAUAAAUGUAAAAGAUUUCAACGCAUGGAAACCCUAAAACUUAUCAUUUUCCUUACCAUGUAUAGAUCCGGCCUAGAAUAUUCUUCAACAUGAGUAUAUAUAGGGGGAAGAUCCCAUUCAAACUAGGCUUCCACUGCAAACUACAAACCAACAACAUCCGUUAGAUUAGAGAAAACAGACAGCUAUCCGUGUGGGAUGCAUAUUAAACUACUGCACUCACACGCAGGGAAUAAAAACGGAAUAAAAACUUUUAAGCGUGCAAUCAAUUUAAAAGGUUAAGGAAGUAAUUUAACAAACCAAAAAGAAAGCCGCAAAAACCAAAUUGUGAUUAACUUUGGGAAACCCUGAUUUUACGCAAAGUGGCCACUAACAAGGGUAACCGGCCAUGAAUAGCAACGACGAGAAGGGUAAGGUGCAACACUUUGGCAAUUGAAAACAGAGUGAUCAUCGAUUUCAAAUCCUGGAGCAAGGUUUUUGGUGGAUGUUUCUAGCUAAGCCAAGUGCAGGGAAGGCAAAGUGAUUCACGAUAACAGGCGAUGGCUUCGCUACAAAUGGAACACCUAUUGAGAGAAAUACAAAAUGAGUUUGAUAAAGGUGUUGAGAUAAGUAGAAAAGAUAGUGGAAGACUGGCACUGAGCAUAAAGAGAAGGAGAGGUGGAAGAUUUUGUAGAUACAAAUAAACCAUAGAGGAUGAAUGCACCAUGGUGGGAGUUGAUUCAGACAACAUGUGUUUUUGUUUUCAUUUUACUUGAAAAACUAUUAUGACAUAUCUUCUUGUGUGAGUGGACAUCUAUGGAAGUUUUUACAUGCCAUUAGUAAUGAGACAUCAUUCAUGACAGAUCCUACUAUGUUGACUCUUUGUUUUGUGAAUGUGUAAUACAAACACUUAUUUUUGUUGAAUGAAGUUUUCGUAUGAG